AUGAUCAUUUUCAAGGACCUAAUCUCUGGCGACGAACUGCUAUCCGACGCUUACGAUGUUAAGCUAGUCGACGGCGUCAUCUACGAGGCCGACUGUGCCAUGGUCAAGGUCGGCGCUGACAACGUCGACAUCGGCGCCAACCCUUCCGCUGAGGGCGGCGACGAGGACGUCGAUGACGGCACGGAGACUGUCAACAACGUUGUGCACUCCUUCCGUCUACAGCAGACCGCGUUCGACAAGAAGUCGUUCUUGACCUACAUCAAGGGCUACAUGAAGGAGAUCAAGAACCGCCUGCAGGAGACCAACCCAGACGAGAUUGCGAUCUUCGAGAAGGGUGCCCAGGUUUACGUCAAGAAGGUCAUUGGCUCGUUCAAGGACUGGGAGUUCUUCACUGGUGAGUCCAUGGACCCUGAGGGUAUGCUGGUUUUGAUGAACUACCGCGAGGACGGUGUGACGCCUUUCGUGGCCAUCUGGAAGCACGGUGUCAAGGAGGAGAAGAUCUGA